GCCAUUUUGAACGCCCUUAGGAAAUUCAAAUUGCCGCUUUGACCAACUCCUUUUUAUAUUACAGUGAUUUUCUUGAAAAAGUACUAAAAAUGGUACUCACACAAGCAAAACCAUAGAUCGACAACGAUUGGCAUCACUAAUCGACUUUUUCGUCUUUGUCUCUAUUGUUAUUCGUUGACAAUCAAUAUUAAAAUUUAUGCGAAUUGAUAGCUUAUUUGUGGAAAUUAAGAAUUUGCAGCAUUUAUUGCAAUUUUUGGGAAAGCAAUUGCUCAAAUCGUUUUCUGCUGUUUUGUGUGUAUGUGAAUUUCACAGACAAUUCGUGUUUUCCGAGCUGCUUUUCAGUGCUGAUUUCAAGUUGGAUUUUGUGCUUCUGCACCGAAUACAUUUUCCCGUUCUGAUUGAAGCCGUACUAAUUGAAGUUUUCGCUGUUUACGUGGGUUCGCUGAUCGUCGUUUCGCUGUGUUGGAUUUUGUGCCUCUGCACGGAAUACACUUUUCCGUUCUGAUUGAAGCCGUACUAAUUGAAGUUUUCGCUGUUUACGUGGGUUCGCUGAUCGUCGUUUCGCUGUGUUGGAUUUUGUGCCUCUGCACGGAAUACACUUUCCCGUUUGAUUGAAGCCGUACUAG